AUGGAUACGCACAAAGAAGCUAUCUUGUGCAUUGCCGAGAGAGUCCGCAGUUUCCACAUUCGUGACGAACCUUUCCGGUUGUACCACGGGUCGACCAACAGCACGCGGCACUCGGAUCGAAAUGUUGACAAUGUUGUCGAUACUAGCGGGCUCAAAAACAUCCUCGAGGUGGACAAGGGCAAGAAAACAGUUCUUGUCGAGUCAAAUGUUACGAUGGAAGCCCUUGUAGACGCGACACUACCGCACGGGCUCGUCCCGCUGGUCGUGAUGGAGUUUCCAGCCAUCACCGUUGGAGGCGGCUUUUCGGGAACAUCGGGUGAGAGCAGCUCUUUUCGAUAUGGAGCUUUCGAUGCUACCAUCAACUGGAUCGAGAUCAUCCUCGCAGACGGAACUGUAAGCAACGCUUCGAAAUACGAUAGGCAGGAUCUGUUCUGGGGGGCUGCUUCAGGCUUCGGGACUCUGGGAGUUGUCACGCUAUUGGAGGUGCAACUCAAGGACGCAAAGACGUUCGUCGAGCUCACCUACAAGGUCGUGUGGGGCUUCCCCGAGGCGGUCGAAACCAUCAAGAAAGAGUGCGAGAAAGACGAGAACGACUACAUCGACGGCAUCGUCUACUCGAAAGACACAGCAGUGAUGUGCAUCGGACGUCUUGUGGAUAGGGUACCGGCAGCGGCGAUACCAAGACAGCUCAGCCGAAGGAAGGAUGAAUGGUUCUACCUCCAUGUCGAAAAGGUGCAGGACGACCUGCGAAAGGGCUCGGUAGUUUGCGUUAUCGAUUAUAUCCCCCUACGGGACUACCUCUUCCGAUACGACAGAGGCGGUUUCUGGGUAGCCAAGUACGCGUUUCAGUACUUCAUCACACCAUUCAAUCGCGUCACAAGAUACAUCCUGGAUCCUCUCCUCCGAGCCCGGGUCAUGUACUCGGCAGGCCACAAGAGCAAGCUCUUCGACUACUACAUGGUACAAGACGUCGGCGUUCCUUACAGCCACGCACUGGAGUUCCACAACUGGUUAGACAACAGGUUCGGCAUAUACCCUAUCUGGAUAUGCCCGCUGCGCGUGCAACGCGAUGAACCUAACUCGAACCACGGGCUUCACGCCGACUUCGGGAAACCCGGCGCCGUCGACUACCUCAACUUUGGUAUCUGGGGUCCGCUGCGAGGAAACAGGCGCGAUGCUAUCGAGCACAACCGCGCUCUGGAGAGAAAGGUGGGGGUGUGCGGGGGAAAGAAGUGGCUUUACGCCCAAGCCUACUACACAAAAGACGAGUUCUGGUCGCUGUACGAUAAGAAGUCUUAUGAUGAGCUGAGGAAGAAGUAUGGGGCCUCGGGCCUGCCAAGUGUGUAUGAAAAGGUCAAGGUGGAUAUCGAAGGUGAUGAGGGGGUCAUGAGGUCAACCGCGAAGACAAGGUGGCCCUUGAGGGGCUUGCACGGCGUGUGUAAAGCAGUUUUCAGGGGGGAUUACCUGUUGCAAAAAAAGACCAACAAGUGA